AUGCCGAAAUCAAACACUCCAAAGCUGUUCAGGCUCGCCGGAUGCCGACCCCGCAAGCUUUACACCGAGCCUUGCGGUGUCAAGCUCGAAGACGGAACGACCUGCAAUCGCAUGGCCUCGACCAAGCAGAACAUGGACACCCACCAGAUGAAAGACCACUAUCGCAUCCGCUUCAUGUGCCGCAAGCCAUCGUGCGAGGAAACCCUCUCCGACGCUGCCGCCGAGAUCCGGCACGUGAAGAGCAGGCACCGCGACGAGGUGCCGUGGCUGAUGGAAGAGUCGGGGCUCCGGCCGAAGUACGUGGUGCGCGACGGGCCGACGGCGGAGUGGGUGCGGUGUGAUGCGAAAGGCGUACGUUGUGUGGAUUCUCCCCCGUCUUCCGGCGCGUCGACGCCACCCUCGGAGCUCGCUGCUCCCUUCCACUUCACCCUCCCCUCGCCCGAGUCCUCGUCGGGCACCCUCAGCCCAGCUUCCGAGUCUGCCUCCGUCGUGUUUAUCCCCGACAACGCGCAAUACUUCCCUGUGCAGGAUCUCCAUUACCCAGUCGCGUCCGACGGAUUCCAGAACUUCCCCUACUUCCCCCGCGUUCUGCCGAACAUGUCUGCGCUGGCGCCGAUGCCGAUGUACACCAACGACCCGGCUGGGUAUUUUCCCGUUCCCGACCACGGGUUGGCGUCCUACAUCCCCGGGCCUGAUCCGGCGUUCAUGUGCGACUUUUCGGUAGGGCUCGAGUCCUACGACGACUUGCAGUUCCAUGCGCCGUUCUUCCCCGUCGAGGAGCCGGUCUUCGCUGCCCACCCGGCGGAUUUGUUCAUGCACAACCUCGGGUGUGCAUACCAGACGAUCUCUGGAAACUUGUAG